UUGUCACUCACCAAGGACAGAGAAACCACAGGACUCUCGGGGACCACAGCCCUGAUUUAGGGAGCCAGACUUGUCUUGGCCAAACAGCUGCUCAUCUGGUUCGUUCUGUCAGCCUGGAUUGGUGAAUCUGAGCCACAAGGGAGAUCUCCAGGUCUGCUGGGAUGGGAAACCUGCUCAAAGUCCUUACCAGGGAAAUUGAAAACUACCCACAUUUUUUCCUGGAUUUUGAAAAUGCCCAGCCCACAGAAGGAGAGAGGGAAAUAUGGAACCAGAUCAGCGCCGUCCUCCAGGAUUCCGAGAGCAUCCUUGCAGACCUGCAGGCUUACAAGGGCGCGGGGCCAGAGAUCCGAGACGCCAUUCAAAAUCCCAAUGACAUUCAGCUUCAAGAAAAAGCUUGGAAUGCAGUGUGUCCUUUGGUCGUGAGGCUAAAGAGAUUUUAUGAGUUUUCUAUCAGGCUAGAAAAAGCUCUUCAGAGUUUACUGGAAUCUCUGACCUGUCCCCCCUACACACCGACGCAACACCUGGAACGGGAGCAGGCCCUGGCAAAGGAGUUUGCGGAAAUUCUGCAUUUCACCCUUCGAUUUGAUGAGCUGAAGAUGAGGAACCCGGCUAUUCAGAAUGACUUCAGCUACUACAGAAGGACCAUCAGUCGUAACCGCAUCAACAACAUGCACCUAGACAUUGAGAACGAAGUCAACAAUGAGAUGGCCAACAGAAUGUCCCUCUUCUAUGCAGAAGCCACGCCGAUGUUGAAGACCCUCAGCAACGCCACCAUGCACUUUGUCUCCGAAAACAAAACGCUGCCAAUAGAGAAUACCACAGACUGCCUCAGUACGAUGACAAGCGUUUGUAAAGUCAUGCUGGAAACUCCGGAGUACAGGAGUAGGUUUACAAGCGAAGAAACACUGAUGUUCUGCAUGAGGGUGAUGGUGGGGGUCAUCAUCCUCUACGACCACGUCCACCCCGUGGGAGCUUUCUGCAAGACAUCCAAGAUCGAUAUGAAAGGCUGUAUAAAGGUGUUGAAGGAACAGGCCCCAGACAGUGUGGAGGGGCUGCUGAACGCCCUCAGGUUCACUACAAAACACUUGAAUGAUGAAUCGACUUCCAAACAGAUUCGAGCAAUGCUUCAGUAAAGCUUUGCUCAGUGAAGAGGAUCUUUGAACUGACCUCAGAAGAUGUAUAUGUUUACAUAAUUUAAUACAGAUUGAUGUUAAUACUCGUGUAUUUACAUAACCAUUUCCUUCUCGCCCCUGAAAUAUAUGGACCUUUAUUUGUAUCCUGACUGACUCAACCCAGCAGAGCAUAAAUUGACUGGAGAGCCUUAUCUUCGAUGUCUGAAACGAAAACCCCUUCUCCAAAAGGAGAAUUUGGGAGACAUUGAUCUUUGCUACUGGAGUUCCUUACACCUUAAACAAUCAGAAAUUCCUAA